AUGGGAUCCAAGAUACGGCGGCCCGGCGUGGUGCGGUGCCCGGUGGGGAUCGUCGCGCUCAUGUGCGUCGCCGCGUUCUUCAUGGGAAGCUUCUAUGGCAGCGGCAUCUUCGGGCGCGUGCCUGACCUCAGAGCCCCCACAAGAGCCGUCCCCGCUUCCUUCACCAACCCUGCUCACCGCGGAAUUCGCCUGGAGCGCGCAGGGGACCACCGCGGGAGCCUGGACAGCGGAGCGGAAGGGGAGGCUGGCGCAGGGGGGAAGGGGAAGGGGGAGGGGGAGGUGGGGGACGGGGAGGGCGGCCAUGACUGGCUGGCGUUUGACCACGGCACGUCAGGCGAGAGUAGCGUUUCCACGGUGCCAUUCCAGAUGAUAUCGUGGCAUCCACGUGCGUAUGUCUUUCCCCGCUUCGCCCCACGCCACGUGUGUGAGAACGUUCUUGCUGCCGCUUCCAAGCGCAUGGCCCCAUCCGGGCUAGCUCUCAGGCCAGGCGAGAGUGAGGAAGGCACCCGUGAUAUUCGCACAAGCUCAGGGACCUUCCUUGCAGCCAACAUGGAUCCGUCUGGCUCACUUGCUUGGGUGGAGCGCAAGAUGGCAGCAGUGACAGGCCUUCCCGUAAACCAUGGGGAGUCCUUCAACGUUCUGCGGUAUGAGUUGGGCCAGCAUUACGACUCACACAUGGAUGUAUUUGAUCCCAAGGAGUAUGGCCCUCAAUCCAGCAACCGAAUGGCCUCGUUUCUACUUUACCUUACGGACGUGGAAGAGGGUGGUGAAACCAUGUUUCCAUAUGAGGUGUGA